CCGCGGACAACCAACUUACCAAACUCGACCAACCCAUCAACCAACCACUUCUACAUAAACAGCAAGCUCUAAUCUUCAACCUCUUCAAGAUGAGAGCCUACAUUUACGACGAGGAGUCACAACUUUCACCCCAAGACGAGCACGAAUCGAGCCAGUCCGUUUCAAAACAAGAAUUGGAAAAACUUGGUGUGCUUUACUGGUCGAUUGACUCUAUCGAUCAAGUCAAUUCAAUCGCGAUUCAACGGGAUUAUAAAAAUCGUGACCAGAUAAUUUGCAGUCCCCAAGCAAUGGGAGAUAUCUAUCAACAGAAAUUGGACACCUUCUUUGAGGAACAUCUUCAUGAAGAUGAAGAAAUCAGAUGGGUAGUUGAGGGCAGUGGCUAUUUUGAUGUCAGAGAUCAAACCGAUCAACGUUGGGUACGGAUCAAGGUCGAAAAAGGUGAUCUUCUGGUUCUUCCUCCAGGGAUCUUCCAUCGAUUUACAGUGGAUAAGGAUAAUUACAUCAAAGCGAUGAGGCUAUUUAAAGAUGAACCCAAAUGGGUAGCACUCAAUCGGUCUACGGAGAGCGAAAGCAAUCCGUAUCGAAAGGCCUAUAUUGAGCAAGUCGGCAAAGCUAUGACCAUGGGUGCCUUUUGAAAAAUCCAGUGUUGCACUUGAAAUGUGGAUUUUUUGAACCAAUACCUACACACUUGGAAAGGAGCGUAAAACUGAUCACCUAUCCUCGGAAGCUGCUUCUCAAUGUACUUGUAUUUCUUGUAUAGGUGAUAUGACGUCAACAUGUAUAUCAAAACACAAGUGAAAUCUAAGACUCCGGAUCAUUGUCCACUUGCACUUCACAGAAUGGAUGCAUGCUUGUACCUAAGAAGGGUUUCAAUUUGAUCGUUCCCCGCAGGUAAUGAUGUUUAACUGGAAGCAGGAAUCGUGAGCCUGGCCAAGCCGAACCGUACUCAUACAAUGCAUGGCUCCCACGCAUA